UGCCGCCGCCCGGACCCGCCCCCGGGCCGCCCCCGCGGAGGCCGGCGGGCGGCGGCGGCGAUGGCUGCGGCGGCGGGGGGCCGGGUGCUCUGCCUCUUCGACGUGGACGGGACCCUCACGCCGGCGCGGCAGAAAAUUGAACCAGAAGUGGACCAGUUCCUGCAGGAGCUGCGCGAGAGAGUCAAGAUCGGGGUGGUGGGAGGCUCCGACUACUCCAAGAUAGCUGAGCAGCUGGGCGAGGGCAACGAAGUCAUCAAUAAAUUUGACUACGUCUUUGCCGAGAAUGGUACUGUGCAAUACAAGAACGGGCAGCUGGUCUCCAAGCAGGCCAUUCAGGACCACCUGGGAGAAGAGUUGCUGCAGGAUCUAAUCAACUUCUGUCUCAACUACAUGGCUUUGCUGAAGCUGCCCAAGAAACGAGGGACCUUCAUUGAGUUUCGCAAUGGGAUGCUGAACAUCUCCCCCAUCGGACGGAGCUGCACACCAGAGGAGCGAAUCGAGUUCUCCGAGUUGGACAAGAAAGAGCGGAUCCGGGAGAAGUUUGUGGCAGCCUUGCAGAGGGAGUUUGCUGGCAAAGGCCUGCGUUUCUCUCGAGGUGGCAUGAUCAGCUUUGACGUCUUCCCGGAGGGCUGGGACAAGCGCUACUGCCUCAACGUGCUUGACGACGAGCGAUUUGAUGCCAUCCACUUCUUUGGGAAUGAGACGACCCCUGGAGGGAACGAUUAUGAAAUCUAUGAUGAUCCCCGAACGGUGGGACAUAGUGUCCAGUCCCCCCAGGACACCGUCCAGCGAUGCCGCGAAAUCUUCUUUCCAGAGAGAGCUAAUGAGUGCUGACUGCGAGAUCCCUGCAGCCCUUCUCCCCCACUCUCUUCCCACGUGAGGAAAAGCACCUUCAUUUGAGGAAUCUGCUCAGGGUAGACUGGAAAACACUUUCCAGAGCUGGUCAGGAUUUAAUGUGUGAAUGCGGGUGGGUGUGCAGAAGGGAGGCUCAGUUGAUCAGCCCUUCAGCACUCCCCAUUUAUGACUGGAGUCUGUGGGACCGGACAGCCCUUGCCUCCAGAAAAACCUCUUCUCUUUCCAGUUCAGGCCGAGGUGAGAGGCAAUACCUGCUUUCUUGAUCUGAAAGCAUUCGAAAUGGCCAGUCAUGACAGCGUGUGCGUCCCUCUCUUGCUCCCUCCCCUUUUCUCUUCUUUCUCGCUCUGUUUCUCUUAACAUUUUUUGCACAAGGGAAUAUGCAUCUCAUGCUUUUCUCCCUCUUGUCCCUUUGACAGGGAAGAUGGGUCUGCUCAGGCUCCAGGCACUCUCACUGGAGAAGCAAGAUGCCGAUAAGGCAGUUUGCUCCAAGCCCCUGGUAGGAAGAGGCAGCAGCGACCCCGGCUUGUUGCAGUGCUGUAUGUCCUAACAGAGAGGGACGUGGUGGCAGCAUUGCCCCAAGCCCUCAGGGCCCGUGUGCAUCCCUCACCUCAGUUCCACACGGGGACAGUCCUUAGACAUGGCCUGGGAAUUAUGUUUUUUAAAUGGCUGUGCUCCCACUCUGGGCUUUGCUCAGGUGCCUACAAAAAUGAAUUCUCUUUACCUUAUGAAAAAAAAAAUGGCUACAGUGGGUUUCAUGUCCUCCAGAAGUUGUCAAGUCUGACAACUGGCUUGGCUGGAGGACCCCUGGGUGCCUAAUGAGCAUAGGGCACUUUAUGGGAAGACUGGUAUCAGACACCUUACCAACAGUCUUCUAACGUUUAGGUGUUGGAGUCACUGAUGUGUUGGUACCCCACCUUAUCCAAGGCAUUGAUAACAGAGACUAAAUCUCCUUCCUUCCCUAGUGCUCACCUUUCCUGUUUUGUCCUUCUGUCAGAGACAUUUUCAGAGAUGGCCAAUACAGGCCAAAGCUGGUUCCUAGUGCCAGUGGAGACAGAUACUUUAACAAUACCCUCCAAGCUUUCUUCUUCCACCACCUCCCCCCACCCAGUCACUUUACGUGGCCACCUUUAGGAAGGCAAAUAAUUGGGUGCCGCUCUCAUAUGUGCUCCUGCUCCUCUCUUCUUCUGAGUCUUCAGGCAUAGCAAAACUAAAUCUCUCUUUGGGCCCUUACGUUGCCCCUUUACUCCUGGCUGUUACGCUGGGGUGUAACUGCACAUCAGUGACUCUAGCCGCAGCUCAGUGCUCAGCAGGACGCUGGGGAUCCUCUCCAGGGGGGUGCCCUCCUUACAGCUGCCUGGGGCACAAGUACCUGGUAUUUGUGCCCCCAGAGGGGAGGCCAGAGGUUCCUGCAAAAAAUCCCCGGCUUGCUCCCUGGAAGCUUUUCUCACCAUGUCCCUGCCAGUGUGUCACUGUCCCUGCUGAGCUGUUACUGUGUCUCGGUUCUGUUUUUCCUCUCCUCUUUCUCUUGUUCCUGCUUUCCGUGCACUUUAAUUGCCUCUCCCUGUAGUCCAGUUGCUCUUUGCAUCUAGUAGCUGGACUGCAGAGAGAUAUUUCUCAGCUGGCUACCACCACUUAACUAAGGGACCAAAUUGCUCAGACAAGAUACGUUGGUGCUUUUAGAUCCAGGGCAGGGCUCCCACGUUGUCACUGGCAGGAGCCUGAGUGGACCUCGGUACUGUUCCCUGGCCGCAGUCGCAAGAGCAGGUGUGCGGAUGGCCAGCAGCAUCAGGGUGCUUUUCUUCUCCAUUUGACUGUACCUCUUAACUCCACAACACAUCAGGUCUGUAAUGCAUCAAGUUUGCAUGAGCUCAUUGGUCUGCCGGGUAUCCGGAAAUCCCCAACAGAUGCAUGAGUUCCUCUUUCUACCCAGACAAAAUUUCUGAGUGGGAGAAGAGGACCCGUUGGAGAGGCCUGAUGCAGGGCACCUUUUCCUCAGACCACUGUUUUUAGCCCUCCAGGGUAACCUUUAUGGAGGAGUCAUGUUUUGUGGUUCCUCCUCCUCUGUUUCACUGUGGAUCAGGUUAGAUGUGGUUUUCUUGGUUUAUUUUUUUCUGCAAGUGUAUUCAAAGUCAGCAGGAUCUCUAGAGAGCUCUGUGGUGUCGAAGACCAGGCCCUGACCCUGAAGGUGCAAGACACCACAGUGGCUCUGGGGAUUGAGAUGACCAGUGUAUUUGAAGGGAAAGGCAGGUUCUGUCCAAAGCUGCUCCUGGUGGCAUUGCUUGGUGUGGGUAGAAUUGCAGGGAGAGCAGAGCAGAAACACGGCUGCCCUUUGAGGCAGUAGCCGCUGUUUCCUCUGCUGAGGAGUUCACAUGGGCAUUGGUGGGAUCAAGUUCAGGAAGCUUCCCCUUUCCUAGUGUCCUCUAUGUUACACUGAGCUUGGGCUAGUGGAGGGCACCUCCUGCCAGGAGAUCCUGCCUGCUGGAGGAGGAGGAGGAGGGUGGCAUCAGAAAUAACUGGGGAGCCCCGGGGUCUUGAGGCACUGAAAUGCUGCUACUGAGGUGGCUGAACGCUGAACUUGGCGCAAGGUAGGCACCUCGCCUGUCCGCUGGGAAGCAGAUGGGAAGCCCACAUGCCCCCGCUGAGGACAGGGCGUGCAGAAGAGGCCUGUACCAGAGAGCUGAGCAGUCAUCUCUGGCUGCAGAGAGGCUGCCAUGGCUCUUUGGUCCGGCCAGCACAGAGCCAAAGCUAACCCGCAGGACCUUCAGAGACAAAUCAGGUCCCCCAUGGUGCUGUGAGCAUGGGCGAGGGAGGAUUUCUCAGGGCUUGUGUGUGAGUGAGCAGACGUGGUGGGCCCCACGUCGGGAACGGUGUUGCCAUAUGGUUCUGUAUCCCUGCAAGACGGGCAGUUCCUGUCUGACUGAUACUAACUGUUAAAUAAGAAAUAUAUUUAAAUACGUAUAUAUAUAAAAACAGUCAUAUUAAAGCUGUUACGGCCAUGGA